AGCUUUAACCCAAGCGAUUAUGGAGAAAUUAAGAAGUAAUCUGCUGAAUUGGUCAAGCUGAAAAAAAUGAAUUUCUAUAAAGUACAGUAGACUUACUCCAGAUUUGAUCCCUAUCGAAUCCAAUAAAAACAGCCCGUUUAUGGAUCUUUGUAACGACUUUAUCGAGCUCAAUGGCUUUGGAAAAGUGUACCUCGCUGACUUGCUCUCUAUCACGAAGGGUGAAGAUACUUUUUGGUCGGUUCUCUCCGACAGGAUCACCUUGAAGGAACUGAACGAUGGAGCAAGAAGACUGCAUGAGAUCGUUACUCCUGAUAAUCACAAGUUCACCUUGGUUUUUUGGAAGGAAAUAUUGAAGUGGCAAGAGACAGUUCCCGGACCAGAGAUGAAACAUUUUAUCUCUAUGUUGGGGCACACUAUUCAACUGUAUCUAUCUUGGGACCUUAAUGACCAAAACAUCUUUAAGAUUCUCAGAUAUCUCGCGUCAGGGUUUCAUAAGUUGGUAAAGUUGACAGACGACCAGGAAGCUAUUGUAGGAUUAUUGUACAAACUUCACCAGACAGGAGGAGAGAGAAAUGUUACAACCUUUCUGCUGCUCUUCAAAACCAGUAUGGAACGACUGGUAAAACCUCUUGAUAGUGAGCCCCUGGAUCCGGACUCCUCAACUCCUGACCCAUUAAAAUAUCACGUGACACAGCUACUCCAGACUCUGGAGACAGUCAGCUGCCAGACUAUUGGGCAGGUGUUCCACAAGCUUCAUCGUGUUGAGAUCUGUAGCGCUAUUAGCGCCGGAUUCACGUUAUAUUGGGAGGCUCGCGUGGACAGGCCGAUGUCUUUAAUUCACCGUGUUAUCUACAAGCUGAGUUCUCUAUGUACACUGAUAAGAGAUAACGAGGAGCUAAAAGUUGUGGAAUGUGUCCUGGUCACCAACCUCCUCUCCUACAACUAUCUCCAGAGUGCUGUAAGCGCCAAUGUUCUCGUCUUCCUUGCCAGGUUGGCUCCAGGAAAGUACGUUAUCCAACUGGUUAACUGUCUCAGCGACCUGGUUACGAUAACUCGCUGCCAGAUCAGGUCUUCUUCGCUUAAACUCGCCAUCUCGCGUCUUCUUCCUGUCAUGGAUCAGGCUGACUCCGCUCAUCUUCAGUCCAAGUUUGCUCGUUUAGAUGGCGGGCUACUGCAGUUUCUUGGAAAUGACCAAAAGAAGGAGGAGAUAACAAGUUCAACAUUGCAGCACUGGAAAUCCUCCAAGAUUAAAACAGGUGAUUUGCUAAAAGUUCUGCCGGUCUGCCAGAAGACUCUGCCUACUUUAACCGAGCUAUCAGAUCUGUUGCUUGAUCUCCCCAAGUGUAGGAUGAACCGAAACAAGCUGGAUAAUGUAUAUUGUUCAGUAGUCGGUUGUCUGGAGAGAGAUAGUUGGAGGGAGUACAGACAUGACCCGAGCAAUGUUAUACAGUUGUUCCAACUGCUGCACCGUCUUCUGUCUGUCAACGAUCUUUACAUAUCUACUCUGAUUUUAGAUGUGGUGUCUAAGUUUUCCUCCUACGCUACACCAGACCCCACCAUGUUCUGCCAGCUUUCCAACCAGAUAUUCUCCAAACUUAUGAAGUGUAAACAAAACCCUUACUCGGAAAGAAAAUGUCUCUUCGUGAUUGCAACGUAUGCUAAGAUGACACCAUACCCCGAGUUACUCAGCAAUCUGGCUCAGGACCCGGACAUAAAGUCUAAACUCACAAACUUCUUCCAACACAAAGAAAGACCCUCUGAUAAGACUACAGACACAGUGGCCUCCACUGAAAGGAACUCUGGUUCCAGUACUAAAUUUGAUGUGGAGAAUAUUUUGGAUGUUAUCAAGACCACUCCUGGACAGAGGUUGAUAUUACAUGCCGCCAUUGAAGAGAUACAAACACAUCCUAAAAUACCCUUCUACGCUAGACAGCUAUUGUCAGCUUCAACCCCUUCAACGUAGAAAAUUAAACGUAGAAAACUAAACUUCGGAGUGUAUUCCUCGUUCAACUUUGGCAUGAAAAUUCAGCUCUAUAUACUAGCUUUUAGGUUAAUUUCUAUGAAUGUUCUUGAAGUUUGAAUUUUUUCAAGAGAAUACCUGAUUUUUUUUCUGAUUAGACUCAUUAAUGACCAUUUUAUGAUGUACAUAUUAUAAUAUAAUUAUAUAACAUUCUCACUUAUAUUAUUAUUAGUCUAAUAUGCAGAAAAAAAAAUCAAAUAUUCUCUUGAAAGAAUCGUCAAAUGAGAGUUAAUGACUGUAUAGAGUGUAUACUAUAUCUACUACUUAAUCAGAAUUCUGAUUGUUCUUGUAUAGUUCCUAAUCAUUGAAAUUAAAAAGCUGUAAUAAGUUCAAAGGUUAUCAAAUGUCAGCGAUAAAUGAAACGCUCAUCAAAACUGUUGUGCAAAUGUUGCUAUGUUUUGUCGUCGUUUUCAUUAUUGAUGAUAUUGACAUAGUUGAUUCUGUGCCUUGUGUUUUCCCUCAUUUUGUAAUUUCAUUCGAUUCUAACCGCACAUUUUAAGCCGGUUUUAGUCGACAGUAGAUGACAUUUUUUUAUGCACUUUAAUUUAUCAUUUUUAUGCAAAUAUUUGAUUACUUAUUUACUCUAUUUUCUAUAAACGGUUAAGCUAGAA